UAUUUAGAGACCCCUAGACGUUUGAACUAAUUUUCAUAAUUUAUACUUUAUGUAUUGUUUUGUAAAAGUAUUUUUGAUUACUUCGAAAAUAUUUGAUCAGAAAGAAUAUAAAGUUCAGUCAUUAUCCCAAAAAAAAUGAAGUUGCCAAUUUGGUUGGUAACGAUUCUUAUCGUUACUAUUACGAGAGUUUUAGGUUCUGAAGUAGUAACUUUAGGUGCCACGGAUUUUAAAGAAACUAUAAAGAAAGGAACUUGGUUCGUGAAAUUUUUUGCUCCGUGGUGUCCUCAUUGUCAGUCUAUUGCUCCAAUAUGGACAAAGGUAGCUGUUGAAAAUGGAGAUUAUUUAGAAUCAAAGAACUUUCAUAUCGCUGAAGUUGACUGCACACUUAAUGGAGAUCUCUGUGAUGCAAAUAAUAUUGAAAGAUAUCCAACAAUGCAUCUAUAUAACGAAGGGGUAAAAGUUGAUUCGUAUAGUGACAAAAGAAACUUUGAUUCAUUAACAGCAUAUGCAAAAUCUAAAGCAGAUCAAUAUUAUACACCUGCAAUUGAAGAUUUUAAGGAUCCGAAUAUUAAUGUCCAUGUCGAUUCUGAUAAUAAAGAAACUCCAGCUCAAGCAAAUCCACUUGGAACUGUUGUAUUAUUAAAUGCUAGUAAUUUUGAUUCAUUAACAAAGACUGGAAUUUGGUUUAUAAAAUUUUUUGCACCUUGGUGCACACAUUGUCAAAAAUUAGCUCCUACUUGGGAAGAAUUGGGACAUGAAUUACAAUAUAAAGUAAAUAUUGGUAAAGUUGAUUGUACUGCUGAUUCAGGUCUUUGUCAAAGAUUUAAAGUUCAAGGUUAUCCAACAUUGAAAUUAUUACAAAGCCCUAAUGACAUAAUUGAAUAUAAAGGAUCUAGACAAUUAAGUAGUCUCAGAGAUUUUGCUGAAAAGGCAGCUUAUGCUCGUGUAUUAGACAUUACUGUAACAGAUCUUGACAGGAUCAAAAAAAUGGACGAUGUACUUUUUAUUUAUCUUUAUGACGAUAAUACUCCUUUUAGUAUCCUUGAAACAAUUAAGGGAUUGUCGCGAUCAUUUUUCUCAGUAAAAUUCUAUUCUUCUAAAGAUCCUAAUCUUACUGCACAAUUAAAAAUAGUUAAACUUCCAGCUUUGGUGGUUCUUAAGGAUGAACUUCAAAAGAAUUAUCCCUCUGUAUCAUUAGACUCAUUUUUAAGUCGUGAUAUUAUUAAAAAUUGGAUACAAUCAGAGAAAUAUCCUUUAGUGCCAGCGAUGGAUUCAGAGAAUUAUGAGGAUAUUUUAGGCGGUGAUAGAUUAGUAGUAUUGGGAGUUUUUAGAUCAUUCGAAGGAACACAAAUUAAAGCGAAAAAGAGUUUAAAGAAUAUUGCUAAGUUAUAUUAUCAACAAAUUAAAGAAAGGGGUGGAAGUGAAGAUGGGAGAAGUGUGAUAUUUGCUUGGUUAGAUGGAACUAGAUGGAGUGAUUAUAUAUAUGGAGUUUAUGGAUUGAAUAAAAAAGACUUACCUGCUGUCAUAAUUGCUGAUCCUCAGUCAAAUAAAUAUUAUGAUACUUCAAGAUCAGGAGAUAAAAUUAAUUUAAUAGAUCAAGAGCAACUUUUAGAAUCUAUUCAUGAUGCAAAGAAAGGUUAUUUAGUUGGAAAAAGUACUAUGGGAUUUAUCGAGAAGACAUUUAGAGAUAUGUUUUCAUACGGAGAGCAUGCACAGAAAACUAUAAUUGAACAUCCAAUUGUUUCUUUAAUUAUUCUUUCUUUGAUAGUUGGAGUUGUUUAUAGAUAUUGUAUAGUUCCUCAAGUAAGAGAUGUAAGAGAUUACGAAAAAGGUAUUGGUAGUAAAGUCGAAUAAAAAAUAUAUACUAUAUACUGUAUGUGUACUUGGGGUAUAUUUAUUGAUAAAUUAAUAGGUUGAUGGUGAUGUUUUUUAUUU